AUGGAAACGAAAAAGUUUAAGAAGUUACAAAAAUUAGGCGAAGGUACGUACGGCGUUGUAUACAAGGCACAAGAUUGUCUUAAUAACAAUAUAAUCGCUCUGAAGUUCAUUCGCUAUGAAAAACAAACAAACAGCAUCCCAAGUUCUGCUCUUCGUGAAAUUGCAAUAAUUAAAAAUCUAAACCAUCCAAACAUAGUCAGGUUUUUUGAAGUUAUUAAAAAUUCCAAAGGUUAUUAUCUUGUUUUUGAGUGUUUGAAUAGUGAUUUGAAAAAAUAUUUAAAUACUUGUAACAUUUUUAAAUUAUUCUUGGGACAGAGCUUGACAAAACAACUGGUUGAUGGUUUAUUGUACUGUCAUUCAAAUGGAAUCAUUCACAGAGACCUAAAACCACAAAACUUACUUUUAACCCUGGAUGGAAAGCUUAAAUUGGCAGACUUUGGACUGGCACGAACUACAAGCAUUCCAUUGAGAUCGUAUUCAUUAGAUAUAGUAACAUUAUGGUACAGAAGUCCUGAAAUAUUAUGUACUCCAGAUGAAAAUACAUGGAGAGGAGUAACACAAAUGCCAGAAUACAAUUUCAAUUUCCCAAAAUGGAAGCCAUUAAAUCUUAGACAAUUUUUCAAUAUUGGUACAGAAGCACUAAACUUCCUGAAUGUAAUUUUAUUAACAUUUUAA